AUGAGUUCCAAUAAAGAUAGCGACUCUGAGAACAGCCUCCGAAGCGAGAAGAGGAAGAAGUCAAUUCUUCCGAAGUUUUUCGGAUCACGACGAUUUGGUAAAGAAGAAGAAGAAGAUGCGUCAAAUAAUAUGAACAACAAAGGACAUCAUGACGAAGAACAUAACAGCAAAAAUGGAAAUUCCGAUGAUUUGGAGAGACGAAUGGCUUCUCGGAAGAAAUCGAUUCUUGACAACACUUCUCCAAUGAUUUGGAAGACUGUUUCUGAGAGAAAGUCAAGCCCUGGAAUUGAAGGCUUGAAUCUAUCGACUUUUGAUAGGCCAAUGGCACCAACAACAGAGAUUCGUGAGCUCAGGGUGUUUGUAGCUACGUGGAACGUAGGUGGAAGAACACCAAACAACGAUCUUAACCUAGAAGACUUCUUACUCGUUGAAGGCACAGCAGAUUUAUACAUCUGUGGGUUUCAAGAGAUUGUUCCACUAAGUGCAGGAAACGUAUUAGUAGUUGAGGACAACGAGCCUGCAGCUAAAUGGUUAGCUCUAAUAAGCCAAGCUUUAAACAAACCGAGACAAGACUCUGUUUACUCAAACGCAGCUUUCUCUGCUUCUUCAAGAACAACAACUUGUAGUAGUAGUAGUUGUGGUAACGAGGAGUCAAGAACACCAAGCAGUCUAAGUUUCUUUCAAAGACCGAAUCUUAAAGUCUUGAGCAGAAACUAUCGAGUGGAUUCAAGUCUUUUGAAGACUUGUAACUGUCCGGUUGUUGAUACUUCCGUUGGUUGGGAAGGUAGGAGAUCGAAAAGGUUUAGUGAUCCCAUUGCAGAUAGCAACAACAAUGUGGAGCCUGAGAAUUUUAGGGUUCAUGAGAAUUUCUUGUUUGAUGAUGUUCCUGCGACUACGAAGAUGCCAGGACAAAUGGGUUACAGAUUGAUUGCGAGUAAACAAAUGGUCGGUUUGUUUUUGUCUGUUUGGGCCAGAAAAGAGCUGAUUCCACACAUAUCUCAUCUUAGACUUGAUUCUGUUGGAAGAGGAAUCAUGGGUCGCUUGGGCAACAAGGGAUGUAUUGCUAUAAGCAUGUCAUUGCACCAAACAAGCUUUUGCUUUGUGUGUAGCCAUUUGGCUUCUGGUGAGAAAGAAGGUGAUGAGCUGAGAAGAAACGCAGACGUAGCUGAGAUUCUGAAACAUACUCAAUUCCCCAAAAUAACCAAGUACCCUAGUUGUCGUGCACCUGAAAGGAUCGUUGAUCACGACCGGGUGCUUUGGCUUGGAGAUUUGAAUUACAGAGUUGCUUUAACCUAUGAAGAGACAAGAGUGUUAAUGGAAGACAAUGAUUGGGACACUCUUCUUGAGAAAGACCAGCUUAACAUGGAGAGAGGAGCAGGAAGAGUCUUCUCUGGAUUUCAAGAAGGUCAAAUCUUCUUUGCUCCAACUUAUAAAUACACUCAAAACUCUGAUGCUUACGCCGGUGAAACCACCAAAUCCAAGAAAAAACGGCGAACUCCUGCUUGGUGUGAUCGGAUUCUAUGGAGAGGAGAAGGAAUAGAGCAGCUUUCAUAUAUACGAGGCGAGUCGAGGUUUUCAGAUCACAGACCGGUUUGCGCAAUAUUUGCGGUAGAGGUUGAUGUCAAGAGUCUGAACAAAGGUAGAUUCAGGAAAGGUUAUUCUUGUUCGGCUGCAAAAUUGGUUCUUGAAGAUUGCACUCCACAAAGGCAUAGUUUUUACGACUAA